AUGCCAACAACUUCAUUCAAACUCAACAACGGUAGAGAAAUCCCAUCAGUCGGUCUUGGUACAUGGCAAUCAGCUCCUGGUGAAGUCGCCAACGCUGUCAAGUAUGCCAUCAAGGACGCAGGUUAUCGUCACAUUGAUGGUGCAUUCUGCUAUGAAAAUGAAAAGGAAGUCGGUGAAGGUGUUAAAGCCUCCGGUGUUCCACGUAGCGAAAUCUUCCUCACAAGCAAGCUCUGGUGUACCUACCACACUAAGGUAGAAGCUGGUCUUGACGAAACAUUAGCAGAAUUAGGUACUGACUACCUCGACCUCUUCCUCAUCCACUGGCCAGUCCCAAUGAAUCCAAACGGCCACAAACGUUUCCCAAAGAAGGCUGAUGGUUCGAUGGACACCAUCAACGAUCGUCCAAUUGAGGACACCUGGAGGGACAUGGAGAAACUCGUUGACUCAGGAAAAGUCAAGAGCAUCGGUGUCAGCAACUUUAGCAUUGCCAACAUGAAGAAGAUCUUGGCUAUCUGUCGUAUCAAGCCUGUCGUUAAUCAAGUAGAGAGCCACGCUUAUUUGUCUCAGAGAGAACUCAAGAAGUUCUGUGAAGAAAACGGUGUCCUCCUUCAAGCUUAUUCACCACUCGGUUCAACUGAUUCACCUAUUCUCAAGGAUGAAGAACUCCUUGCCAUCGCCAACAAGCACAACGUCAGCGUUGGUACUGUCUUGAUCUCAUACCAAAACAACCGUGGAGUCAUUGUACUUCCAAAAUCUGUUACUCCUGCAAGAAUUGCAGCAAAUGCUCAACUCAUCGAUCUUACCCCAGAAGAAAUUAACACCAUCGAAACUAUGGAAGACAGAGGAAAGAGACUUAGAAUAGUCUUCCCAGACUGGGCUUCCACAAUCUUUUAG